UUUAGAUUUUGGCAAGAACCGUAGAAGUAUAUAACUGAAUUCAAAAAUUUACUCAAGCAUAUCCACCUGUAUCUUAGAACAGUGCAAAAAUGAAACAAGUAAUAAUCAUCUCCAUACUAUUUACGUCUGUCUUUGGUGCCAAACUAAACCAAUAUCUUCCUCCAAGACCUGAGAACAACAACGCGCAGUAUGAACCACCAGCACUUCCAAAUCAACCGUUUACUGCAGCCAGCCAUUCCCAGCAGCAAUUCGCUAAUCCAAAUUUUCACAUCAACGGAAAUGGAAACGGUAAUGCACAAGGACAUGCCUCAAGCUUUGGUUUAAAAUCUACCAACCAAGCACCAAACUCUGGAAACGAUAACACUUUCGGACCAUCAUUUAACUCUUUUAACCAAAAAGCAGCACCUAAUGGUCAAUUUGGACAGUCAAACGGUUUCAAUCAACGAUCCGGACAACCGCAAUACAACGGUCAAUUUUCUGGUUCUCAAUCUGCCUCAAUCGGUUUAAUCAGAUCUGAAUUCAAUCCUGAUCUCGGAGAUGGACAUUAUAGCUAUUCAUAUGAAACUGAAAAUGGAAUUUCAGCCCAAGAAGAAGGAUCUAUUCAAAACAAAGGUAAAUCAGCCCAAGGAGGAUUCUCUUAUACUUCUCCAGAAGGUGAACAGAUCACGCUUGAAUACACUGCUGACGAAAACGGUUUUGUACCAAAAGGGUCUCAUGUUCCUGAAAUUCCUGAAGCGAUCUUGAAAUCAAUUGAACUAAAUAAAGCUGCCGAAGCUCGUGGAGAAUACAAUGAAGGUUCCUAUAGAGAGGAAUAUAACCAAGAAGGCUCAAAUGGAAACAAUAGAUACCACGGCAAUGCAAAUAAUAAAUACCAAGAAAAUUCAAAUGGUGGAUAUCAAGGAAAUGGUCCACGUGAACAAUCUCCAUUUGCUUCUCAAGAAAAUAGACAAGUAGCAUCUUUACCAGGUCCAAAAUCCUUUAGAACACAAAAAAAUGGCUAUCAAUAUUCAGGUCCAUCAAAAUCAAACAACUUUGCUGAUCAAGGUACAUUUGCGUCCCAGCAAAGUAAUCAAGUAUCACCUUUCGGAGGUCAACAAGGCUCAAAACCUUCUUUUGCACAAAGUGGUAACAACGGAUACCAAUAUUCAGCUCCUAAGUCAAAUUUUGCCGAUCAGGGUAGUUUCGCUUCUCAACAAAACCAACAAGUAACACCGUUUGGUAAGCAACAAGGACCUUUUGGAAAAUCAAGUGAGCCUAAAACGUCAUUCGGAUCAUCACCUCAAUUUGGACAGCAAAAUGGAAAUUUUAAAAAUGGUGGUAAACAAAACAAUGGUUAUCAAUAUCCAAUUCCUGAACAGUCCCCUUUCUCUUCUCAACAAAACAAGCAAAUAACUCCUUUUGGAUCCCAAUUUUCUCCAAAACCUCAGUACGGAGCUCCUGAACAGUCAUCAUCAGCCAGUCAAAACAAUGGACAAUAUAGUUCAUUCCAAGGACCAAAGAACCAAAUUUCAAGUUUUUCUGGAAACAAUGGGUUCAACAGCCAGUCAGCAUUCCAGAACAAAGGACAGCAGAGCGGUACGUCUGGACAAUUUGGCACAGUUCAAGAUAGCAAUGGUGGUUACAAAUACUAAACAAUGAUAUUAUCUCGCUUUUAUACAGCUUUUAUAUUUUGCAAUAAAUACAUAUAUAAAUUAA